CUUCCGGUUUAGUUGAGGCACUUCCGGUUUCCGAUGUGAGUUCAGUUCCCAAACAAUGAGAAGUAGACCAGUUGUGUUAACUCUUACAAGCCGUGGAAAAGAUAAGUCUUCCACCUGCUGGUGACCAUGAAGACAAGGCGGGAGGAGGAAGAGUACAUCAACAAUCACAUCUAGUCCACCUGCUGGUGACCAUGAAGACAAGGCGGGAGGAGGAAGAGUACAUCAACAAUCACAUCUAGUCCACCUGCUGGUGACCAUGAAGACAAGGCGGGAGGAGGAAGAGUACAUCAACAAUCACAUCUAGUCCACCUGCUGGUGACCAUGAAGACAAGGCGGGAGGAGGAAGAGUACAUCAACAAUCACAUCUAGUCCACCUGCUGGUGACCAUGAAGACAAGGCGGGAGGAGGAAGAGUACAUCAACAAUCACAUCUAGUCCACCUGCUGGUGACCAUGAAGACAAGGCGGGAGGAGGAAGAGUACAUCAACAAUCACAUCUAGUCCACCUGCUGGUGACCAUGAAGACAAGGCGGGAGGAGGAAGAGUACAUCAACAAUCACGUCUAGUCCACCUGCUGGUGACCAUGAAGACAAGGCGGGAGGAGGAAGAGUACAUCAACAAUCACAUCUAGUCCACCUGCUGGUGACCAUGAAGACAAGGCGGGAGGAGGAAGAGUACAUCAACAAUCACAUCUAGUCCACCUGCUGGUGACCAUGAAGACAAGGCGGGAGGAGGAAGAGUACAUCAACAAUCACAUCUAGUCCACCUGCUGGUGACCAUGAAGACAAGGCGGGAGGAGGAAGAGUACAUCAACAAUCACAUCUAGUCCACCUGCUGGUGACCAUGAAGACAAGGCGGGAGGAGGAAGAGUACAUCAACAAUCACAUCUAGUCCACCUGCUGGUGACCAUGAAGACAAGGCGGGAGGAGGAAGAGUACAUCAACAAUCACAUCUAGUCCACCUGCUGGUGACCAUGAAGACAAGGCGGGAGGAGGAAGAGGACGCCUUGUGCUGCUGCGAGUACAUCAACAGACGUGGCGAGCGCAGCCAUGUGGCCGCCUGCUGCUGCGACUGUGAGGACCUGGACGACAUGUGUGACCGCUUUUUGAAAAGGGAGCCUCAGAAUCCAGAAUCUCUGUCCCAGGUGGCCGCCGUCUUCUGCGACCGUCUCCGUCUUCCCUGGCUGUCGGGCGGCGCCCGAAAAGUGGACCUGUCCGUCAUCCCACCUCUGCUCAUCCUGCCGGCGCUGCUGCACCUGGCUGCCGUCCACGUCCUUCUGGGCGCGCUGGUUCUGUGGGUUGUGCCCGUCCUGGUGCUGUGGUACUACUACUUCACCCAGCGCAAGAAGGGACGAACGCUGUUCUUCCUCAGUCUGGCUCUUUUCUCCUUGGCCUACAUGUACUACAUGUUCAUCACUGAGGUGCUGCCCCGCGGGGAUGUGGGCCCCUCCCAGGUUGCCCUGGUAACAGGGGGUGUCACGCUCACCCUGCUCGGCCUGCUCCGCACUAAGAGAGACCCGGGCGUGGUGCUCGCACAACCUCCUCUUAGUGGCGGGAGACCGGACGUCAAAAUAGGCGACCUGCUGGGACGCUCGCCGGAGGCGGAGCUUAGCCGGUGUCCGCUAUGUGGGGUGGCGCGGCCCCUGAGAGCGGGACAUUGUCGUAUCUGUGGCGUGUGCGUGCUGCGUCACGACCACCACUGUGUCUGGAUCAAUCACUGCGUGGGCCAGGACAACCACGCCAGCUUCCUGCUGACCCUGCUCAUCUUCCUGUUGACCUCGCUGUACGGCAUCAGCCUGGUGCUGCGGAGCGUGUGUCCCGCUCAGAACCUCCUCCUCGCCCUGCUGUACUGCCCUGGCGUCUACCAGCAAUACAGCACCGCCCUGUGCUUCACGUGUGCCUGGUACUGCAGCGUGGUGACUGGCGGCCUGCUGCACUUGCUCCUGAUGCAGCUGCUCAACAUCAGCUACAACGUGACCCAGCGUGAGGCCAGGGCCGCUCUCAGGGACGGGUCCGGCCGCAGGGCCUGGUGGGGGCUCGUCAUGGACACCGGCCUCUACUCACGUGGUUUCCCAGGCAACUGGGCCCAAUUUGUCAGCAUGGCGGGCCAAAGGACUCCUCGCUCCCCUGGACGGACAGACGGGGUGUAAGGAAACCGUCGUUGCUGUUGUGAUCUUGUCCACAGGGCGGCAGUGUUGCACCUUCAGUGUGCUUCUGCUGAGCUGACUUCCCUCUCUUCACCCGUCUCCUGAUGACUUGUCUGUGUCUCCUGCACACUUCAGUUCCAUCCAGGAAGUCUGCACGGCAUCCAAUCGCGCCUGAGUGACAUUUGGCACAAGGUGACGCCGCCUCGCACCUGGUGCACGUCUGCACACCAUCCCAUUCAGAAUAUGAGCAUUAUAUUCAACAUCAUAAAGGUUGCACGCUGAAAAAUGUGGCAGCCAUUUGAAUUAUAAAAACCAAUAGAUUUGUUUAACCUUUCAAGCUACCCUCAAGUUUGGUCCCUGCAAACCAAAGGUUCAAAAUAAUUCAUAUAUUAUCAUUUUGUAUUGAAUGCUUAAAUCUCCAAAUUAACAUAGUUAUUUUUUGUAGGAUUAGGGUUAGUUGUUUUACUUGACAUGUAUCAUUGAUAACAUGACAUGGAUCAAAUCUGUAUUGUUGUAUAGAUGAUCAUUUCUCUAUUAUUGGAAGUGUAUUAUUAAAUUAUUUGUGGUGACUUUUA